GUUCUCAUCGCCAUUGACGACGUCGACAAACAGUAUUUUCAUCGUCCAAGUCGUUAAGCACAUUCGACCAACUAGAAUUAGUAACUGACCCCUAGCACUUAAACCUCUCACCGAAGGUAGUCAGCUGCUGAUCGAAUUGAUUGCGAUGCCAGCGCCAGUAGCGGUGUACGUCGUCGCAGCUAUUGCAGGUGCUGCUGCUGUUGUUGCUUUUCAUGAGUUCGUCUUCGAACCUCACAUCGCCCCUGCCAUAGAGCGUUGGGCAGAGGACUUCCUUGCAAAGCGUCGUGCUCGACGCGGAGGUCUUGUUCCUGUACCAUCCACCAGAGGGUCUGGAGAUGGAAACCCGAGUCCCAGCGAUGCUGAUCCGAGGAAAAGGACUCCUGCAAGAGAAGAAGAUUCCAUCGAACUAGAAGGCCUCAACCUCGGCCUCGUCGACGAAUGGCGAAAUAAGGUGCAUCACACCGCCCAAGGCACGAAUGUGAGGCGGAGAGUCAGAGUAAUCCCUGAUACAGACGAAGGGAGUAUAUCUACCACAAUAGAUGAUUCCUUUACAUCCCUCACGCACACUCCGCUCGCACCUACCCACGUCAUCUCCAACGUCUCCUCUUUCACAGAAACGCUAUCUGUGUCCACCCGCACGCCCACCCGUGCCCACUCCCGAGCCUCUUCCCACACCGCAAGUGAUGGUGAGCGCGAGGGUAACACUACUAUAUUUUUCGCCCCGUCUUCCCACUCUUCUUCCCCCCCUCCUAGCCCGCCAUUCGGCCCCAUCCUCCCCGACACCCCCCGCACAAGCGCCGGCUACCCCACCCGUCCAUUUUCCCCAGUUGUACGCACGCCUGUGCGCUCCCGCCCACAGUCAAGCUGGUCUUCGCGCUUGGAUACGAAUUCGCGCAUCAGGGUGAAUGUGCAAGGCAGGCGUGUAGACGUUGAUGUCCAGGACGAACAUAUCAACGUCAAUAUCAAUAGCAACACCAGCGCGAGUAUGCACGAGAAUAUGAGUGAAAACAUCAGCGUUGUGGAUUCACUAUCAGAACGUUACCCCGCCGCGCCCACUCCGCCCGUCCUGCUCUCCCCGCCUUCAUCACACAGUGUCCUCUCCUCCCCAAACACAGACGUCCUGAGCCUUGGGAGCAGCGGUAGCCGCUCUGGUUCGCCAUUCGCCGUACUUUCCCCACCCGAGCAGCGCGCGUCCCUCUCAGGUGCUGCAAGCUCUCUGUCGCCCUCGACGAUGAGCGAGGAUGAGUUUUUGUCAUUAGGCGAGGCGUCAGAUGCUGGAGGGGAGUGAUUUUGAUAGUGGCAGUGAGGGCAGUAGUAGUGAAGGGAGCUGGGGCCGGGUGAGUGCAGGGCGGGGCUGAUCCGGCUACGUCCUCUCGUCGAAUUAUU